AUGAAGCAGAGAGUCACAGCGUUUGAUAUUCGGGUCCUCGUCAAGGAGAUAGAGCACGCCAUCAAGGGCCACCGUCUCCAGAACGUGUACAACCUGGUGACCAAUCCUCGCUCGUUUCUUCUCAAGUUCAGCGUGCCCGACUCGAAGGCCAAUCUGGUCGUAGAGAACGGCUUCAAGGUGUACCUGACGGAGUUCCAGCGCCCCACCGCGCCGGAGCCGUCCAGUUUUGUCGUCAAGCUCCGCAAACAUCUAAAGUCUCGGCGAUUGUCGAACAUCAAGCAGGUCGGCCACGACAGAGUCGUGGUGCUGGAGUUUGGCGACGGUAUGUACUACCUGGUGCUGGAGUUCUUUAGCGCGGGAAAUAUCAUUCUGCUGGACUCUGACCGCAAGAUCCUGUCUCUUUUCAGGCUUGUCGAGGAGCACGAAAACAACGAUAGAUACGCCGUCGGUGUCACGUACGGGAUGUUCGACGGGUCGCUUUUCGAGGAGCACGGCCCGUCGGGGCCUCGUCUUUACACUGCGGCCGAGAUAUAUGACUGGGCGACGUCUGCGUCCGAAAACUCAUCCAAGGUGCCGUCGGUCGCCAAGCUGGUAUUCCUGAACGCGGCGUAUUUGUCGUCUGACCUGAUCCAGAUCCAGCUCUCGAAAAACGGAGUAGAUCCGGCUUCCAGCAGCGCCAAAAUUGUGCAGGACGAGGAGCUGCUCGCCAAAGUGGCUGUCGCUGUCAACUCGUGCGAACAGGAGUUCCACAGACUGACAAACCUGCCGGCGGGCGAGCUUUCCGGCUACAUCGUAGGCAAGCAUAAUCCGUUUUUCAAGCCGGAGGAGGACGCUUCGUACGAGAACCUCGAGUACGUUUACGACGAGUUCCAUCCGUUCGAGCCUGUGCACAAAAGAAUGGAGAACACAAGGGUAGAGGAAGUGAAGGGCUACAACCGAACGCUGGACAAGUUCUUCAGCACUCUGGAGUCGUCCAAGGCUGUGCUCAAAAUUCAGCAGCAGCAGGCAAAUGCUGCCAAGCGGUUGCAGACCGUGAAGAACGAACACAUGACUAAAUUACAGCGCUUGGAGGAGCAGCAGGCGGUCAAUUACAGGAAGGGAGAGCUGAUCACGCUGCAUAGUGUGCAAAUCGAGCAAUGCAAACAGAGCAUCCAGGCCUUGCUCGACCAGCAGAUGGACUGGACCAACAUAGAGAAGCUGGUGGCCAUGGAGCAGAAGAGACGCAACCCGAUCGCCAACAUGAUCAAGCUGCCGCUGAACCUGGCGCAAAACGAGAUAACUGUUCUUCUGCCGGAUGUCGAGGAGCAGAGUGAUAGCGAUAGCGAUAGUGAGAGCGAGGAGACGCAAAAACGCGGGCCGGUAGCCGUUGCCAUCGACUUGUCGCUGUCGGCGUACGCCAAUGCUACGAGAUAUUUUGACGCCAUGAGAGCGGCCGUGGAUAAGCAGAACAAGACCAAAAACAGCGCCUCCAUCGCCAUAAAAAAUACAGAAAGAACCAUCGAGCAGGAUCUCAAGCGCAUGCAGAAAAAAGCGCAGGAGCCCAGCGGCUUGAAGCAGAUCCGGGCAAAGUUCUGGUUCGAGAAGUUCUGGUGGUUCAUCACCAGCGACAACCAUCUGUGCAUUGCUGGGCGCGACGAUACCCAGGUCGACCUUAUUUAUUACCGAUACUUCGAUAAAAACAACGACGUUCUGGUGUCGAACGACCUGGAUGGCCUGAAGGUCGUUGUGAAGAAUCCGUUCAAAAACAAGGACAUUCCGCCAAGCACGCUGCUUCAAGCCGGGAUCUUUUCGCUGUCGGCCUCCAAAGCCUGGGACAAUAAAAUGGUGACCAGUCCUUGGAUGGUGAAGGGGUCCCAGGUGUCGAAAAAAGAUUUUGACGGAAGCAUUGUUCCCGCCGGAAUGCUCAACAUUCAGGGCGAGAAGACGUUUCUGCCACCGUGCCAGCUCGUAAUGGGUUUUGGACUAUUGUGGCUCGGAGAUGAAGAGACUACUAGGAAAUACCGCGAUCUCGCGAAAUCCAGGAUCCAGGAAGUUGGUCUCGAGGUAGCUCAACACGACGACAGUGUGGAUCUGAAAAUUCAGGAACUGACUGCCAUGCUUGAGAAGCUAGGAGGUGUGGAAGAGGAAGACGCGGAAGUUAAGGAUGAAGAGACAGCAGUUCCGGCAGAGUCGUCUGAAACUGAGGAACCUGCUAGCUCUACAGAGAUCACGAUCAACACGACCGUCAGAGGGAAAAAAAGCAAACUGAAGAAGAUCAAACAGAAAUACAAGGACCAGGACGAAGAGGAAAGACGUCUGAGGAUGGAGGCUUUGGGAACACUGAAGCAGAAGAGAGAUCAGCCUGAGAAGUCGGAGCCGCAACCAGAAAACAAAGGCUCGGACAGAAAGACACGCAAGAAGCAGCAGGACAUCCGGCUGCUAAAGAAGCUGGUUAGCGAGCUGGAGGAGUCGGCGGAGGAGUCGGACGCCACGCCGUACAAUGAGAUCAUUUCGGGGCUCAUUCCUUCUCCCAAAGAGUCGGAUAGCAUUGUGAACUGUAUCCUGGUGUUUGCGCCCUACAACGCAUUAUCAAAGUACACGUACAAAGUGAAGGUGCAGCCGGGUCCGCUGAAGAAAGGUAAGGCAUUGUCCGAAGCCGUCAGAGCCUUCCAGUUGCAAACGCAGUCGCUGAAAAAAGACAAUGCUCCCUGGGCAGACUCGAAAAACCUGAUUGAGCAUAUUAACCAGCAGGACGCGCUGCUGACAAUCACGGCGUCGAAACUGAAGCUUGCAGGAGCAGCGGCUGACAAGGGCAAGACCUCGGCCAGGAAGUCAAAGAAGUAG